AUGGAUUCACCUUAUUUUCUUAAUCAACGCAAUUAUUUUUCUUCCAGUUCGUCCCUUCCGUUUUUUUCUUCUAUUUCGUCUCUUUCUUUUUUUUUCUUCUAUUUCGUCUCUUUCUUUUUUUUUCUUCUAUUUCGUCUCUUUCUUUUUUUUUCUUCUAUUUCGUCUCUUUCUUUUUUUUUUCUUCUAUUUCGUAAAAAAAUUUUUUUUUUUCUUCUAUUCCGUCUCUUUUUUUUUUCUUCUAUUCCGUUUCUUUCUUUUUUUUCUUCUAUUUCGUCUCUUUCUUUUUUUUCUUCUAUUUCGUCUCUUUCUUUUUUUUUCUUCUAUUCCGUCUCUUUCUUUUUUUUCUUCUAUUCCGUCUCUUUCUUUUUUUUUCUUCUAUUCCGUCUCUUUCUUUUUUUUUCUUCUAUUCCGUCUCUUUCUUUCUUUUUUCUUCUAUUCCGUCUCUUUCUUUCUUUUUCUAUUCCGUCUCUUUCUUUUUUUCUUCUAUUCUGUCUCUUUCUUUUUUUUCUUCUAUUCCGUCUCUUUCUUUUUUUUCUUCUAUUUCGUCUCUUUCUUUUUUUUUCUUCUAUUUCGUCUCUUUUUUUUUUUUUUCUAUUCCGUCUCUUUCUUUUUUUUUCUUCUAUUUCGUCUCUUUCUUUUUUUUUCUUCUAUUCCGUCUCUUUCUUUUUUCUUCUAUUCCGUCUCUUUCUUUUUUUCUUUAUUCCGUCUCUUUCUUUUUUUCUUCUAUUCCGUCUAGUUUUUUUUUUUUCUUCUAUUCCGUCUCUUUUUUUUUCUUCUAUUCCGUCUCUUUCUUUUUUUCUUCUAUUCCGUCUCUUUUUUUUUUCUUCUAUUCCGUCUCUUUUUUUUUUUUUUAUUCGUCUCUUUCUUUUUUUUUUGCCAAAAUUUCGUCUCUUUUUUUUUUCUUCUAUUUCGUCUCUUUCUUUUUUUUCUUCUAUUUCGUCUUUUCUGGACCCGCUUCUUGCAAUUUUCUACAAUCUUUUCAAAUAUUUAUCUUUUUUCAUUCUUCUUUUACCUUCAACUCUUUCUUUAUUGAUUUGUUUUACUUCAAUCUUUAAUCUUUUUUCCUUCAAUUAUUUUUCUAUUUUCAUUCAUCUAUUUCCUUCAACUCAUUCUUCAUUUUUUUUUCUUUUACUGAUUUUUCAUUCUUCCUUUUCCUUCAAUUGCUUCUCUUUUUAUUAUUAUUCUUUUUCCUUCAGUUCUUUCUCUUUUUUACUCUUCUUUUUCCAUCAAGACAUUUUUCUUUUGUUAUUCGUACUUUUCCUUCAACUCUCAUCUCUCUCUCCCUUUGUCAGUCUUCUUUUUCCUUCAUCUCAUUCUCCCUUUGUCAGUCUUCUUUUUCCUUCAUUUCAUUCUCUCUUUUUUAGUCUUCUUUUUCCUCCAUCACAUUCUCUCUUUUUCCGUCUUCUUUUUCCUUCAUCUCAUUCUCUCUUUUUCAGUCUUCUUUUUCCUUCAUCACAUUCUCUCUUUUUCCGUCUUCUUUUUCCUUCAUCUCAUUCUCUCUCUUUUUCCGUCUUCUUUUUCCUUCAUCUCAUUCUCUCUCUUUUUCCGUCUUCUUUUUCCUUCAUCUCUCUCUCCCUUUUUCAUUUCUCCCUCUCCUCUUCUACUUUACUUUCCGUUUGUCGUCUUUUUCACUUAUUCAUUAUAUUCUUUAAUUUUCUUCCUCGACUUACGCCACUCCUUCUUUACAUUUUCGUUUUCCUCGAUAAUUUUUCUUUCGCAUCUUCUUCAUCUUCAGUUUCUCAUUCUCGUCUUAUGGCUUUACUCUUCUCGUCAUUUUUUAGUAUUUGUAUUUCUGAAUUCUUAUUCGUUGUCUACUUUCUUUCCCCUUCCUCGUUUAUUUUCUCGCUUUCAUAUUGUUCUUUGCCUUAUCUUCCGCGUCUUCUAUACUUUCUCUUCUUCUUAAAUUUUCUUCUUCUUCUUUACUUUUUUUUCACUCUUCUUUUCCCACGUUUUUAUUUCUCGUUUUUUUUAUUCCUUCUUUACUUUCUUAGAUUUGCUCUGAUUUUGCUUCUCCCCUUUUUCUUUUUCUUUUUCCGACUUUUCUCAACCUUCCACUCUCUUCUGCGAGCUUCCCCCUUUGCUUCUUAUCAUCUUCAUCAUUUUUUAUUACUCAUCCUCCAUUUUUCUUCUCCCUAA